AUGUUCUGGGCCGCCCACCCAGCUCUGACUAGCUCCUCCUGCUGGGGGUCGGGGAGAUAUAGUGGCGUGCAUGGAACCCUUCAGUCUCUAGCUCUCCUACAUCCUCAGCUCAGCAUGGCUUGGGCACCAGCCUUCCUCACUCUUUUGCUUCUGCUGCCUCCUAGUCUGGGGGAACUGCCUUCUGUCCCCAGAACUCCAGGGCUACCUCUGGAAGAGAAGCCCACAUCUGGGGAACUGAGUCCGGUUCCUGGAGCGUCAUACCUCAGACUUGGAAAGCUGCCUCCGACCUCCGGGAUCAAGAGGCCAUGGCUAGGGGACCACCUAUUGCCAUCUGCUUCAAGAGCCCGGGUAUCCAGGGACCUGUCUAGCUCCGCCACUGAAUGUCAGCUGCAGAGCCUGCUCCUGCCAGUGACCGAGUUGGGCCUCGGCUACAACUCGGAUGAGACCAUUGCCUUCCGCUACUGUGCGGGCAGCUGCCACAGUCUUUAUACCCACCAUGGCCUGACACUGGCCAGGCUUUCAGCCGAGGGCCGGGUGACGAGCCAGCCCUGCUGCCACCCCACCCGAUAUGAGGAUGUGGCCUUCCUGGACAACCACCACCACUGGCAUCACCUGCCCCAGCUGUCUGCUGCCGCCUGUGGCUGUGGGAUCUGAAAGGCCCCCUGUGAGACCCACCCUGCCCCCCCCCCCUUCUCUGAGGUUGGAUGUAACAUGCAUUUCCUCUCUGCCUCCUCUGUGCCAAGGCCCAUUGUGUCCACCUCAGCAGCAUCUUGGCAGCCUCAUACCUGGCCUACCCAGGCCCACUUGAGAGUAGACAUUUAUGGACUUGGUAAUUGAGGUAAAGUUAAUCCUAUUCUCCGAGUGAGUGUGAUAGAAACGAGGACGACUUUGGGGGAAGAGGGAUGUUGUUAAUAAAAAGGCAGGUGCUGUGACUUCUAUGCA